AUACAAAGGAACGAUCACCUUUCUUUCUUCGAUUGAUUUAGCUAGGGAAACCAUCACAACUCAACAAAUCGGAGGACUUAUAUGCGGGCACGACCCAGAUAACUUCCAACCACCAGCUUACUUCAGUGCAUGUUCAUGCUAGAUCAAUGCGUCUCCGCGUGCUCAUAGCUCAUUCGGCGAUGUGUCAAUUGCGCUCCAUGGCCAGUGCUUCAUUUUAUGCGAGGUGUCACCAUUUGGUCUUGGAAGACCCACUUUCUAACCGCAGCGCGCCGAUAGAUUUUGCGAAAUGUACAUGCGAUGCUCAAAUCUCCCCGAUUGUAUGCAGCUUAUCUAGACGGCGUUGUGGUCGUGUUCAGAUAUUGGAAUCGUGUUCGUUAUUCCUUUACAAUCAUGUGGCACGGCCGGCUUUACCUUGAAAAACCGUGCUCGCCAUCUCUGAUUAGUUAUUCUAGUAAAAGA